AAAAAGAAGAACUGGAAAAGGAAAAGGAAAAAGUUUGAAGAAGAAAGAAAGAAAGAAGCCGGUUUGUGCUGUCUAUAAAAUCUCCAACUGCGCCUCCUUGGCCCCUUCACUAUAAUAAAAUCAAUAUAUUCUUCUUCUCUGAUUUUCCCUCCCUCGCCCCCCCCCCCCGAAUCCUCUCUCUCCGAUGGCUUCGACUCAAGCCAGUCUCCUUCUUCAGAAGCAGCUCAAAGAUCUGUGUAAGAAUCCCGUUGAUGGUUUCUCUGCGGGGUUGGUUAACGAGAACAACGUUUUCGAAUGGAGUGUUUCCAUUAUGGGACCUCCGGAUACUCUCUAUGAAGGGGGAUUCUUCAAUGCCAUUAUGAGCUUUCCAGACAAUUAUCCACUCAGUCCUCCAACUGUGAGGUUUACCUCAGAGAUUUGGCAUCCAAAUGUUUAUCCUGAUGGGAAGGUUUGCAUAUCAAUUCUCCAUCCUGCUGGCGAUGACCCAAAUGGUUAUGAGCUUGCAUCUGAGCGCUGGAGUCCUGUCCAUACGGUUGAGAGCAUUGUCCUGAGUAUCAUAUCAAUGCUUUCCAGCCCGAACGACGAAUCCCCUGCAAAUGUUGAAGCUGCAAAACAGUGGAGAGAGAAGCAGGAUGAAUUCAGGAAGAGGGUGAGUCGAUGCGUCAGAAAAUCACAAGAAAUGUUGUGAUUUGAUGAUGAGUUGCUGUUUGGUUUCCGCUACAUAUUUUGUCUCGAGAAGCAUCAACUACGAAUGUUCUAUCUAUGUUCACGUGGGAGGGAUCUGUAGCAGUUAGAUUAUAUAAGAUUAGAAAGCCAUGUAGUACUCCAUUUUGGAUUUAGAAAAUAUCUGUUUCUUUUUGAUGAAUUUUUUUUAGAUAUGAAAGAGAGAGAGAGAGAGAGAAACAAAAAGAAAAGAAAAAAGAAAAAAAAUGGACUCUUUCACGUCUAAAGAAGAAGAGAUUAUGAAGUUUGGAAUUUGAGUUUUUGGAAUGUGCUUCAUCAAUCAAUUACCUUUUUCAACACA